AUGGCUGGAAGAGGUGGAAGAAACGAUGAUGUAAUUGCUGAGGCCUUGGGAAUGAUUGCUGGUGUGCUAGGAAGGAAUCCCAACAGGGAGGAAAUUGGUGCUAACAGACAGCUGGGAGAAUUUCAAAGGAAUAAUCCUCUAUUAGAUGAACUUGAGGUUGCUGGUGUAACAAUUACUUGCGAUGUGUUUAGAAGAGAAUUUCUGAGAAGGUAUUUUCCUGAGGAUGUUCGGGGAAGAAAGGAGAUUGAAUUCCUAGAGCUGAAGCAGGGUAAUAUGACAGUUCCUGAGUAUGAGUCCAAGUUUGUUGAGCUGGAGAAAUAUCAGAGGAUUCACAGAUUUGCUGCCUUGGUGGAUGGUAGUAGGAUCUUUGAGGAGGAUAAUGUUAAGAUGAAGUCAUCUCACUCUCGCGAGUUGGUUGACAAAAAGGGGAAGAAACCUAUGGAUAGAGGCCUAGUGUGGGGAGACUCUAGUGCUCCUGUUAGGUGCUAUAGGUGUGGUGAAGCUGUACAUCACAUCCAUGAGUGCAAGAGUGAAGAAAACAAGUGCUAUAGGUGUGGUAAGGCGGGUUAUGUUGUUGCUGAUUGUAAGGGAAAGGCUGUGACUUGCUACAACUGUGGUGAAGAAGGCCAUAUCACUCCAAAGUGCACUAAGCCAAGGAAGAAUCAAGCUGGUGGUAAAGUCUUUGCUUUUUCUGGGUUAGAGACUACUCCGGAAGAUUGA